AUGAUAUUAGAACUAGGACUUUCUCUAAUCGGCAUAGGUCUAACAAUUCCUGCACUUGUUGAUGAUUUUAUGGACACUUUUGACCUUACAAAUUGGCGAACGUGGGUUAAAAUUAUACCUCAAAUUAUUCUACUUUUUGCAUGCGGAUUUCGCUUUGUAAAAAAACUUCAAACCCAAACUCUGAUAACUUCAAUCAUGGCCAUGCUAGGGUCAUAUUUUUUACUUUUAUUCAAUACCCGUGAAAGCUCAGACCUUAUAUGUGACUAUUAUGGAGAUUUGUGUGCGGAAACAGUUAAUGUGCUUUGUACAGGUGAAGUUUUGCAUGUUUCCACAGCUUUGCCUUAUCUGAUUGGUAUAGCGUUUUUGAUUGUUGGCAGCACAUUACUGGCAAGAGAAGCUUAUUUCGCUUUAGAAAACGAGAAAGUGGAACCUAACGAUUUUAUAAUAGUUCAUGCAUCAUGUGAGAGCUAUUUUUUAUAUAAUAAUCCUAUUUUUAUGAGAAGAAUAUUUUUUAAUAUUUUUAUUUUAGUCUUCAAAAGUCUUAUAAAUGUAUAAAUAA